AUGGACAACACAAAUAGGUUUCGUAAAGCGGUGGUAGCGACCUGUCUAAUGGUCCUCUCGCAACUUGGUUCAACGGUAUCAUCGUACGACUACGCAGACUACUCCGAACGUACCCUUGACGAGACGGUGCCCCUUCAGCGAUCGACAGUCGAUAGUGAAAGCUAUGUUGUGUCAGUUGUAGAAUUUCGACCAGAGCAGAUGACCAUGCCCAUCGAAGAGCGCACGAAGCUUCACCUGGACGAGUACAGCAAGUUGAUCCGAUCGCCCAAAGCGAGGCCGUCGGACAUUAUAGUGUUCCCGGAGCUAACACUCAACUCCCUAUCCGAUCCGGUGUUCGUGCCGGAGCCCAGCCAACGUGUGGUGCCGUGUGACGAUCAUGGCAGCAUUUUGGUGACACUCUCUUGUCUUGCCCGCGAAGUGCAAAAGUAUCUGGUGAUCAACCUGUCGGAACAGUUCUACAUUCAGCAGCUGGCCGAAACCGUGCGCUACAACACGGAUGUGGUGUUCGAUCGCAACGGCACCGUUAUCGCUCGCUACCGGAAGUAUAAUCUGUUCAGGGAGGCGGGCACCAGCAUCCCAGCCGCGCCCGAGCUGGUCACAUUCGAGACCGACUUCGGCGUACGGUUUGGUGUUUUCACCUGCUUCGACAUCCUGUUUUCACAGCCGACUCUGCAGCUGAUCAAACAGGGGCUACGUGAUUUCGUGUUCCCGGCGUUCUGGACCUCGGAACCGCCGUUCCUGGCGUCGACGCAAAUUUUCGAAAGCUGGGCCUAUGCGAUUGAUGCCAAUUUGAUCGUUUCCGGGACGAACUACGAUCUGUCUGGAGCCACCGGUACGGGUGUGUUUGCCGGCCGCAAUGGAGCACUGCUGGCCCACUUUACCGGCGCUCCGACCAGAGAGCUGUACACUGUAACCGUACCAAAGUACGGGUCCCAAAGGAAGCCGUCGCAGUACCACUCGCUCACGAACGAUGUGCUGGAGGUACCGCAGCUUGACACGACCGGCCACCGAAUCCCAGGAUCUGAGCUCGAUCGAGUUGUGAUGGGGCGCGACUUUCUCGAACAAUUCACCACGCUCCAGCUAAACCCGAGUGCCGAGCAAGACACGAUCGGUGGGAUCGUUUGCAGUGGGUUCUUCUGUUGCGAUUUUACCGUCAGCCUGAGCCUCGACUACGAUCACCUCAUCACACACUACUAUCGCCUGGCUGUCUUCGACGGUGUACGCACUUUUCAGGGCUUUGCCGACGCACACGUUUCGAUUUGUGCGGUAAUUGCCUGCCGGAACCAAACCAUCGCCAGCUGUGGUCUGCUACUGGAGGACGCAUCACCCUAUUUCCAGCAUAGCCACAUUUCGAUUACGGGACAGUUCCAAGCAAACGGUACAUUGGCGAUGCCCAGCACACUGGACACGGCGAUGUACUCACUGGACGCCAGCCACUACAGGUUUUCAGGUGACAUCAACCGCACCACAAAUCUGCAGACAGUGACGAUGAAUCUUACCAGCCCAGCGAGCGAUCUGCAAACGUUCGGCAUUUAUGCGUUCAAUCACAAAAACUUUGAAUUUUUCAACCCGAUCGAGCUACCGGAAAGGAAUGGUGAGCAGCCGCCGCCACAGGACGACGGCGGUGCGGCCAGUUUGUUGAACCGGUCAACGUUUGUGAUUCUAAUUGGGGUACUAGCUGGAGUCUGCCAGUGGGCAACCACGGCCUAGCCUUCGUGAUGACACCACAUCCACAUCGCAAAGGGCUGCUAAACGAGAGGAUGGCGAUUCCAGAAAAGUGCACCCCGAAAACAUUUCAUUCCUCGCUCCUGUAUUUUUCGGGUUUGCCGACCCACAGCCUUUCCUACGCAGUAUUUUGAGUC